AUGACAGAAUAUACAGAUGCUAGAUUCUUUGAAAGGCCAGAUGACUUCAUCCCGGAACGCUGGAUCGAGCGAUCGGAGCUUGUCAAGAAUCCACAUGUUUAUGUACCAUUCUCUACUGGUCACGAUGUGUGCAUUGGCAAGCAACUUGGUCUUAUGGAAACUCGGUUUGUUACAAGUGCGAUAGUGCACAAGUAUAACUUAAGGUAUGCAGAGGGCCAAAGUGGAGAGAGCUUCCUCGAGGGGAACAGAGAUACUGGGACUCUUACAGUUGCUCCGCUUAAUGUCGUGUUUACUCCCAGAAAGUCUUGGGAUGGAGGCGCGUGUUCGGUUGAAAGGAAGUGA